GUUAGCUUCCUUGAGAAGCUUGUAGAUUUUUCUUUAUUAUGUUAUUUUUAAAAAAAAUUUAGCUAUCCGGGGUGAAGAUAACGGAGGAGAAGAAUGAUGAAAUAUCGGAUGAAAAGAGUGAUUACAUUAUAGAAAUGACGUUUGUUUGUGAGAUAUGCACAGACUCAAAGCCACAAGAAGAGUCGUUUUUGGAUAAAGGGAUGCUCACAUUACUAUUGUUACGGUUGUAUGAAAAGCUAUGUGGGUUCCAAGCUUGAAGAAGGUGCUUCUCAAGUCGGUUGCCCGGUUCCUAAUUGUUUUGGAAUGUUAGAUCCAGAGCAUUGUAAGGAGAUACUCACAUUUGAGGCUUUUGUUCGAUGGGGUAAACUUUUAUGCGAGUCUACAAUAGUGGCCACACAGAAGUUCUAUUGCCCAUUUAAGGAUUGUUCUGUGUUGUUGUUGGUGGAUGAUGAGAGUGAGACGACGGUGACAAGAUCGGAAUGCCCUAGUUGCUUUCGAUUGUUUUGCGCAAAGUGUAAGGUUGGGUGGCAUCAUGGCAUUGAGUGUGCUAUGUAUCAGACAUUGAGUAAAGAUGAACGAGAGGGGGAAGGUGUGGAGCAGUUUUUUGUUAUUGUUGUGGACAGAAAAGAUGUACAGGCUUUCGAAAUUUAAACCUGCAAGGUCGGCACCCUACAUUGGUUAGACGGAAUGUGCAAUCAGUAGUUUGGGCGAAGCUACGUGCGGCCCAAGGUAGGACAUGACCCCCUUAAGAUUACAGAAUAGAAAAUAAAAGUUGCAUUAAUGAAUUAUUUCUUCUCUCUUAGCUGAGUUGGUAUGAAUUGCUAGCUGUCAAAAUGCAGGUUACAUGUUCGAUUCUAGUGACUUCUUUGUUUACGAAAUCCAUUAUGAACUUAUAUUCGUUUCUCAAACUUCUUUUAUUGUUUUCAUUACAUUUUAUUGUUUUAGUGCUUUAGAUUUCUCAUAAAGUAUUAUUCAAUGGAAAUAGAGAAUACGUUACGUUUUAA